AUGACCUUGGUGCUGUCUGCCUACACACGCAUGCAUAUACGUUUAAGGAGUAUAUUACCUACUCGCCUUAUACGACUACUGGUUUCGGGUUCGUGUUCCACGAGUCAUCCAAUCACUGGAGAGCCGUUCAGUCACAGUACUCUAUUUAGGGCUUUGAUAACAGCGGCCACUCAGAUUGUUUUUAUCAUUUGGCUACAAGCAGUGAAUUUAAAUUCACUUGCUCCCCAACUUCAGCGUUUUGUAACUCGGUUAUUUCAUAUCUAG